AAUGACUCAACCCAAUGGAAUUUUAACAUGCAUGAAAGUGAAAAUAUCCAAGUUGAAAGAGAAACUAGUAAAGACGUACAUCUUCUUAAUUUCAUUUCAACUCCAGUAGAACCAGAGUCAAAUGAAUGGGAGCUAGAGACGAUAACACAAGUGACAAACAUGGAACAAGAAUCUGGAGCAUCGACAACACUGGAAGAUUUAGAUGAUGCGCUAUCUUCUGUGAGCGACCUAUUUGAGAAUGACAUCGAUGAUCCAACAUACACUCCACCUUCAGGUUCAGAGAGUGAUUCAACUUUAAGUAACGAUUUAGAACAAGUACAAAGUCAAUCUGUAAGUACAAAUACUACAGCAAAUAAUAAUAAUAUAAUACCUCUGGUACCAUACACCGAUUCAGAUGACACGGAGAGCGAGUUACCGAUAGUUACUCAACCUAAAAAUAAAGGAAGAAAAAGAAUAAGGAAUGAAAAAAAGUGGAAAAAAAAACAUUAGAAAGCAGGGACGAAUUUCUGGAAAAGAGCAUGUCAACUCUAAAGGAGAUAUUGUAAAAGAAAGAACUUUAAGACCUCCUUGUAAAACUACUUGUCGCUUGAAAUGCUCUCAGCGCAUAAGUCAUGCACAAAGAGUACACAUUCAUUCUGACUAUUAUAAUAGUGAAAGAAACUUAAGUUCUAAACGCCAGUAUAUAGUUUCUUGUAUUACAACCAAGCCAAUAGCCAGGUCACGACAAAGAGAUGGUUCUAGAAAUAGUAGAAAAAACAGCCAUACUUAUUUUCUCAAAUGGGAUAACAAUUUUGAAAAAGUUUGCAAACAAUUUUUCUUGAACACACUAGUAAUAUCAGAAACAUUUGUUAAGUUUGCUCUCUUAAAAACCCAAAGUACUGGUAUGGUUGAACCAGACCAUCGUGGCAAACAUGUACCAGGAAACAAAAUA